AUAGAUGGACGUUUCUUCUCAUUUUCACCGUUUCGAUGGCUCGAGAGCAAAAGCCAAGCGUACACUGUGGUAAGAAGUUCAAUUUACUCAAAUCAGAGUGCGAUUGAGGGGCUUUGUAAAGCGCCUUUGGCUCUAACUUUGACGUAAAACAAAAAGUAUAUUUUCUUGUCAAUAACGAGCAACAGUAUUUCUUUGCUAAACAACGCAGUGAUCGUAAACGUAUGUGCAGGUGCCGGUGAGUACACAAUCAAUCAGACACACAUCGACGUCUACCUUCUGCCCAACGCCUACUUCACUCUACGGCCAUUCUUACCUCCACUGGCAAACAGCAAUAUCACUUGGUUCGCUGCAGAGAACAAAACCGACCUGCUGAUGAGUAACAGCAAACAACUGCAAAAAAACUUAAACAUCGGUCCUAUGACAAUGAAGUUACAUCAUAUGAGGGUAAUGUAUGUCGUGCAUUACAAACAACAAGGGAAAUUGAUAAAAUACGUCAGUAAAUCUGCUACUCUACGUUUGGCAGCUGAUAAACUUAUUGUAAGUACAACACACGAGAACAAUUUCGAUGGCCUUGUUGAAGUGCCUGAAGCACGCUCUAGACAAACACGACAAGUUUACUGCUACAAGUUUAGUCUUUCGAAAAGCAUGGCUCAAAGGGAUAUUCCUAGAGUAAAUCAUCUGCUUUACAAAAUGGAAGGAAAGAGAAGAAGAACCGUUCCAACCUCCCGCUAUUACUAUCAAAAUGGUUGCCUACAAAUGAAUGGGAUGAAACAAAGGGACAAUGGAAAAUAUAUGCUACUUAUAAAAACUUGUCUAUCGUCAAGAACCGUAUCGGUCAUAUAUUUCACUAUCAAGGUUGUUUCGUCAGCUGGUUUGACUACAAGUAUAAUGUCAUCUGCUAGUCCCACAACGGCCGAACGUUCAAGCCGCAGCGCCAGUCCCAAAGCACAGACUACAGUCUUUCCAACUACAAAUACAAUCACAACAUCAACCGAACCCGUAUACAAUCCAACAAAACCUACUCCAAUGACAAUGACAACUGGUGUUACUGUUCAAGUUUUACAAACUGCAACUGCCACGUUGUCGGCAGACAACGAUUCUAUGGUAACAGAAGUACCAACACUAUCAAGUACUAGAAAUCAAGUGUUGACAAGGUCAACGCUUGAAUCAUGGGUUAUAGUAACAAUUGCUGCAUUCGUUUUCCUCCUCUUCAUUGUGAUCGUCUUCUUGUUCUACAAGCACCGUCAAACACUGCUGACAUUCUGUUUCUCAAGUUGCCGUAAAAUUAGAAAAGGUAGACGUCAAUCUGCAGGCAACUGGCACGACAACUGCGAUACUAAAUUCUACGAUUUCAACGUAGGAAGAGAAGAGCUAACUACGGGUACAUUUCGUAGACGUACAUCUGAGGGGCAUUUGUACGCAGAAACGCCAAUCGAACAAUCACACACAGUCGAGCACACAAGCCAUACUUUACCAGACAUCAUUACAGAGGCUGCGGCUCAAAAAACCAUUGACGCCACAGCCGACAAAAUCGACGGAGACGUACAACCUACCGAGUUAGUGAAUAAAGAAAUCCACGAAAUGCCCAUUUAUGCUUGCGUUAACAAGAAGAAAUCAGUUCGUGCUCCUCAAGAAAACAUCAAGCCGACUCCAUCGGUGGCGGUGCCUCACAGUUCAGCCUACGUGCCCAUAUGCAUCCCUCCCUCCCCGAAAGUGAAUACUCCGUCUACAACCGAAAACACACCAGAAGACAUUCGUGUCAAAGACACAAACUCCAAUACAAGCCCCAUUGACGGCACACAAAACAAACCUCAACAUCCAGUUCCUUUUGGUCUCUAUAAAUCUAAAAAAGAGAAAUCUGAGAAAGUUGAUUCCAAAAAGUUGGAAGAGAAAGAUUUGAAAACAAAGGAAGACGCCAAGAAAGACAGCCAUCAAGACACCGCUCAACGGUCUGAUCAAAUCACACAAACAGACACCAGUCAAGAACCCAGCCAAAGUACCGGAAAAGACACCGACCAAGACUCGACUGUUUUGUAUGCGCAACUGAUGACACCAAAACCAAAGAAUGAUGAUGCAACGGAAAAAGCUGACAGUCGAAGCAAGCAUGGUAUUCAGUACGUCGAACUCGACCUCUCUGCACUCAACAAAAAGCUGUGA